CGCACGUGGGGGAGCGGCCGAAACGCGGCACAGCGCUGCAGGGCAGGGCCGCGGGGCUAGGUGGGGGCCAGGGGGGCGGUGGCGGGAGGACUGUGUACCUAGACGGUCGCCCGGGAGCUGGCAUAGAUAGCUUCUUCACCUCGCCUCCAAGAUGGCAAUCCAGUUCCGUUCACUCUUCCCCUUGGCGUUGCCUGGAAUGCUAGCACUCCUUGGCUGGUGGUGGUUUUUCUCUCGUAAAAAAGAUCGACUCAGCCGCAGCGAUGAGCAGAUUGAGACACUGAAGGUCGGCCCUGCCAUCAAGGUCCGACUCCCCAGUGAAGAGGCUUGUACUAAAGUCCUGUCUGUGCCCCUCAGUGUUGCACAGCCUCCAGAACUGGAACAGCUCUCUGUGGGCAAGUCUUCUAUAGAACCCCCAGCCUUGCCAAGGACACGUCAGGUUCGCCGAAGAUCCGAGUCCUCGGGCUGCCUCCCCAGCAAUGUAGACACCAGGUCGCAGCCAUGCAGAGAUGACAACUCAAAGAUGGAACUGUCCCUGAUGGGGGACGAAGCCAAAUCUGUUCCUCUUGGAUGUUCCCUUCUCCCAAAGGAAGUGCCCUUCCCCUUGGAAGCAGUGGAAGGGUAUAAGCAAGAUUCUGCCUUGGGCAAAACACCUGGAAGGGGCUGGCUGGGCCAGUGUGCAGCCUCUGGAGAGAAAGCAAGAGAGACAGGCAGGGCAGAGGGGACUGGAGACGCUGUGCUGGGGGAAAGUGUACCAGAGGAAGUCCUGUUGUCCCAGGAAUGCAUCUCAGAAGCCAAGAAAAGUGAGGUUCCAAGCCUGGCCCCCUGGGGAGGUGGAGGAGAAAAGGUGAGCCGUGGCCCCCCACAGGUGACGGAGCUUGCAAAGAAGGAAGAAUGUGUUGUUGGGAAGUUGCCAGGUAGCUUUGCGGAGCCGGUUCACUCAGAACUGGUUAAAGAUGAGGACGUGUUGGUACCCCAGGUCAGAGGUAGCAAUACUUGGAACAGAGACCUGGCUAGCGAGCAGGUCAAAGAGGAGACCUUGCCUAAAAAUGAUCAGAUUGAGCAGGCUGCUUUCCAGAUUAUCUCCCAGGUGAUCUUGGAAGCGACUGAAGAGAUGCGGGCCACUACGAUGGGCAAGACAAUGGCACAAGUACAUCCAACCCCGGCCACUCAGCCUCAGGAGCUGGAGGAGAGCUCUGUCCCAGCCAGCCAGGAAACUGGCCUGGGACAAGACACCCCAGAUCCUGCUUCGGGCACAAACGCCACUGACAGCCCAUUAGCAGAAGCCUUGCCACCAAAGACCUAUGUGAGCUGUCUUAGCAGUCCUCUCUCAAGCCCCACCAAGGACCAGAAGCCAAAGAACUCUGCACAUCACAUCUCCCUGGCCCCCUGCCCAGCACCAGUUCCCCUCCGGAGACAGUCUCUGGAUGGGGCAGGUUCCCCAGGAGGAGAUGACACUUUUGUCACCUGUAUGUCCAACAACAGGCAGGGUGUCCUUUCAGUGACCACCUCGGGGCCGUGCUCAGAUUCUUUGAGUACUUCGGGGUUUGAAGACUCUUGCACAGAGACCAACUCAAGCCCCGGAGACAAAGCUGUCACCCCACCACUGCCAGAUAGUACUGAGCCCUUCAGCAAUGGGGUGCUGAAGGAGGAGUUCUCAGACUUGGGGACUGAGGAUGGAUGGACCAUGGAUACAGACGCAGAUCACUCAGGAGCAGGUUCUGACGGGAACAGCAUGGAUUCAGUGGACAGCUGCUGUGGGCUUACAAAUCCUGACAGCCUCCAGAAUGCCCAGGCCAGCUCCAACCCCAAGAAGGUGGACCUCAUCAUCUGGGAGAUAGAGGUGCCAAAGCACUUAGUCGGUCGACUGAUUGGCAAGCAGGGUCGGUACGUGAGUUUUCUGAAGCAGACAUCUGGUGCCAAGAUCUACAUCUCCACCCUGCCUUACACCCAGAACAUCCAGAUCUGCCACAUAGAAGGCUCUCAGCACCAUGUAGACAAAGCUCUGAACUUGAUUGGGAAGAAGUUUAAGGAACUGAACCUCACCAAUAUCUACGCGCCACCACUGCCUUCGCUGGCACUGCCUUCCCUGCCGAUGACGUCUUGGCUCAUGCUGCCUGAUGGUGUCACUGUGGAAGUCAUCGUGGUCAACCAGGUCAAUGCCGGGCACCUGUUUGUACAGCAGCACACACACCCCACCUUCCACGCGCUGCGCAGCCUGGACCAGCAGAUGUACCUCUGUUACUCUCAGCCUGGCAUCCCCACCUUGCCCACCCCAGUGGAAAUAACUGUUAUCUGCGCUGCCCCUGGUGCGGACGGGGCCUGGUGGCGAGCCCAAGUAGUGGCCUCCUAUGAGGAGACCAAUGAGGUGGAGAUUCGCUACGUGGACUAUGGUGGAUAUAAGAGGGUGAAAGUCGACGUGCUCCGGCAAAUUAGGUCUGACUUUGUGACCCUGCCAUUCCAAGGAGCAGAAGUCCUUCUGGACUGUGUGGUUCCACUGUCAGAUGACGACCACUUUUCACCCGAGGCAGACGCAGCCAUGAGUGAGAUGACAGGCAACACAGCACUGCUGGCGCAGGUGACACGAUACAGUACGACUGGCCUUCCUCUGAUUCGGCUGUGGAGUGUGGUUGGAGAUGAAGUGGUGUUGAUAAACCGGUCGCUGGUGGAGCGAGGCCUUGCACAGUGGGUGGACAGCUACUAUGCCAACCUUUGACCUCGGCCCCCUGAGCUACUUCAGUCUUUUUUGCACUGUUUAGAUUGGGCUUGGCACUCAGGACAGAGAUUUAACAUCAGAGUAACAAACACACUGUUCUCUGGAGUCUUCUUUCCCCCAUUUUAUAGUCCUGCGGAAGCGUAAAACCUUAGGAUGGGGUUCACCAGCCAGCUGGCUUAGCCCGGCUGGAGGCUGUUUGAAGGAAGGUCUCUUCACCAGCUUGUCCUGCUCCUCUUCCAUCCCCUCUCCCCUCCCAAAUCCCACACACUGCAGCAGGCAGGCCAAGGCGGGUGUGGGGCUGGCUGAGAGGGUCUGUUUCAGAGUCUUUAUUCAGGGAAUGAGACUUGGACCGACUGGUAGGAUCCCUCUAUAGCUCACAUGGAUGAAUUGACGGUGUUUAGCCAGUUUUUAUAUACUUCCUUCAGGUCUCUGAGGAGCUCAGACUUUUUUAAACAAAGAUGUAAAUAUGGAGCAAUCGUCACACUUGACCCCAAUGAGUGGGGAGAGGGGAAGCUAUUAUCUUGCCAAGCCUGGUUGUAAUUUGUAAUCAUUUUCUAUUUGUGCAAACUCUGUAAAUAUAUGUUUAAAAAUGUAACAUUUUGUACAAGACACUGGAGAACAAAGGGAACCCAAAAUUCCUCCACAUUCUUCACCGGGAAAUAGAAGUCCAUCCCACAGAGUGGGACUGCUGCCCCUGCUGCUCCAGUGGGGGGGAGGGGGCUCCUACUGCCCCUGCUGCUCCAG